AUGAGAAUCCAUAAAAUCUUCUUCCGUGUCUUCAUACCCUUGUGCAUGAUAUACUUGAAUAUCAACAUCAACGUAGCAACAUGCCACAGUCUUCACCAUCAACAAUUCUUAUUACUUCACUUUAAAGACAGCCUUGUAUUCAACCCAGCCACAUCUGAAAAAUUGGUUCACUGGAACCAAAGCAGUGUUUGCUGUCAAUGGAAUGGAGUAACAUGCAGCAAGGGCGUUGUCAUUGGUCUUGACUUGAGUCAGGAAUUUAUUUUUGGAGGACUAGAUAAUUCCACUCUCUUUGAACUGGAAUAUUUGCAGAGGUUGAAUCUGGCUUACAAUCAUUUCAAUUCUUCCAUUCCUGUCAACUUUGGCAAGCUAAAGAGUUUGAGGUACUUGAAUUUAUCAAAUGCUGGAUUUCAUGGCCAGAUUCCAGGUGAGAUUUCUCAUCUGACAUAUUUGACAACACUUGACUUGUCAACACCACUUACCUCACAACCUAUUCUUAAACUCCAGAAUCCAAAUAUUUCAAUGUUUUUGCAGAAUCUUGCAAAAAUCACAGAACUAUACCUUGACGGUGUAAAGCUAGCAACACUUGAGAAACUCUCAAUAAUUAGACUGAGUCUGAAUAACAUCUCAAGUUCGGUGCCAGAAUUCUUUGCAAAUUUCUCCAAUUUGAAUGUCUUAGAGAUCAGCAGUUGCUCGUUGAGUGGUCUUUAUCCAAAGGGCAUCUUUCAACUACAAAUCCUAAAGGUUCUUGAUAUAUCAAACAACAGGGAUCUUCAUGGAGUUUUGCCAAACUUCAUACAAGAUGCUCCGCUUCACACCAUGAAUCUUAGUAAUACAAAUUUCUCUGGUAAGUUACCAGGUUCUAUUUCAAAUCUCACUCAGCUUGUUCAUUUGGACUUAUCUUUUAAUAGGUUUACUGGUCCUCUUCCCUCUUUCAAGAUGGUAAAAAAUCUCAGAUAUUUAUCAAUCUUGAACAAUAAUCUGACAGGAGUUAUCACUACAACUCAUUUUGAGGGACUUGAAAAUCUCCUCAGCAUCAAUCUAGGAGAUAAUUACCUUAGUGGAAACAUUCCCAUGUCUCUUUUUACACUUCUAUCUUUGCAAGAGCUUACACUCUCUCAUAAUGAACUUGAUGGUUUAUUAGAUGAAUUUCCAAAUGCUUCUUCCUCAAAACUAGAGUUGAUUGACUUGAGCAGCAAUAGAUUGAAUGGCCAUAUUCCCGUAUCUAUCUUUCAUAUUAAAGGACUUCGUUUCCUACAACUUUCUGACAAUGAAUUCAAUGGCACCAUGCGGCUUGAUAUGGUUCAAAGGCUUCAAAAUUUGCAUACAUUAAGUCUUUCUCACAACAAAUUAUCAGUUGAUGUAACUCUUAAGGAUGAUCAUGACAUUUCAUCCUUUCCCAGCAUGAAAUAUUUAUUGUUGGGUUCUUGCAAUUUAGGAGAAUUUCCGGGGUUCCUGAGAAACCAAACCCAAAUAAAUGCUUUAGACCUAUCCAACAACCAGAUUCAAGGAGAAAUACCAAACUGGAUCUGGAGAUUUAAAUCUCUGGUUUAUUUAAACCUUUCGAACAAUUUUCUCACAAAUAUGGAAGGACCCUUUGAUGAUCUGAAUUCCAACCUAUACAUCCUUGAUCUUCAUUCCAAUCAACUCACUGGAUCAGUUCCCACUUUCACAAAAUAUGUGGUCCAUUUAGAUUACUCAAUCAAUAAAUUCAGCACUGCGCCACUCAACAUGGAUAAGUAUGUUCCUUUUGUAUACUUUCUCUCCCUUUCAGAUAACAACUUUCAAGGAAAAAUCACCGAGUCCUUUUGUAAUCUGUCUUCUCUCCGGUUACUUGAUCUUUCUUAUAAUAGCUUCAAUGGCCUCAUCCCCAAGUGCUUGAUGAGAAGGAACAGUACCCUCCGAGUACUAAAUCUUGCUCAAAACAAACUCCAGGGUUAUGUUUCUGACACCAUUUCAAGUUCAUGUAGUUUAAGAUUCCUCAAUCUCAAUGGAAAUCUCUUGGAAGGUGUUAUCCCAAACACUCUUGCAAAUUGCAAGAGUCUACAAGUCUUAAAUCUUGGAAACAAUAUGUUUGAUGAUAGAUUUCCUUGCUUCUUGAUGAAAAUUUCCACCUUGAGAGUGCUGAUUUUGAGGUCAAACAAACUCAAUGGUCCUAUUGCAUGCCCACGUAGCACUAGCAAUUGGGAUAUGCUUCACAUUGUUGAUCUAGCAUCCAAUAAUUUUAUUGGUAUUUUAACUGGACAAGUUUUGAGAGGCUUGAAACAAAUGAUGCGAUGUGAGACCGAAUCCCAUGGGAAGUACGGGACACUAUUUUUCGAUAUCUUUGAUGACAUUAUGCGUUACAAUAGUUUGUCUACGUUGUCGUGCAUCAACAAAUUUCUAGUAAUAAAAUUGCACAAAUUGUUGGAAACUGAACCUUAUGAUGUGCUUGUCCACAUUUUUAAUUAUUAUAGAGUUUCUAACGAAUAUGGCAGUCGCUACUUGGAUUCAGUUACAGUUGUGGACAAAGCUUUGCAAAUGAAGUUGAUCAAAAUUCCCACUAUCUUCGCUUCCUUGGAUCUCUCCUCCAACCAUUUUGAAGGUCCAAUACCUGAAGAACUUGUGAGUUUGACUGCACUGAAUGUUCUUAACUUGUCACGAUACUUUCUCAAGCCACAUCCCCUCAUCAAUUGGAAAUUUGAUGAAUAUAGAAUCCUUGGACUUGUCAAACAAUAG